CCCCCUCCAGUUUGAGCCAUGGCACUGAAGCAGGUUUCCAGCAACAAAUGCUUUGAGGGUUUCCAGAAGGUGUUUGAACAUGACAGUGCAGAGCUAAAAUGCAAAAUGAAAUUUGGAAUCUACUUGCCUCCAAAAGCAGAAACUGGAAAGUGUCCUGUGCUAUAUUGGCUCUCGGGGUUAACUUGCACAGAACAGAAUUUUAUAACGAAAGCUGGUUUUCAUCAAGCUGCAGCAGAGCAUGGCCUUAUUGUAGUCGCACCAGACACAAGCCCACGUGGCUGCAAUAUUGAAGGAGAAGAUGAAAGCUGGGAUUUUGGCACCGGUGCUGGUUUUUAUGUGGAUGCUACUGAAGAUCCUUGGAAAACAAACUACAGGAUGUAUUCCUACAUAAAGGAUGAGCUGCCUAAACUAAUAAAUGCCAAUUUUCCAACUGACCCUGAACGGAUGUCUAUUUUUGGGCAUUCCAUGGGAGGUCAUGGAGCUCUUAUUCUUGCUCUGAAGAAUCCUGGAAAGUACAAAUCUGUAUCGGCAUUUGCUCCUAUCUGCAACCCAAUUCAGUGUCAGUGGGGAAAGAAAGCCCUUGGUGGAUAUCUGGGAUCGGAUGCAAGCAAAUGGGAGGUACGUGCUACAACCGCAGACCUUUAA